CUGCUGCUGCUGCUGCUGCUGAUGAUGAUGAUGAUGAUGAUGAUGAUGGGUGCGAAGGGAGUGUAUUAGUGAAAGAGGUGUGUGUGAGCAGGCGCGCAAGCGAGACAGAUGUGACAGCCGUGCUCUGAUGAGGACAAACUUCCGCAGUGUCUGGAAGAGAACAAAUCACUGAAACGUGCGAGAUGAUGUGAUGGUGAAGUUGGGUUCGAACGUGCGAUCUGCGGGGGAAAAGGUUGACUGGAUGCCUGGUUGGUAUAAGGAAGCAAGUGAUAAGGAACGGUGAUAAAAGUCCUGGACGGAAUCGGCCGCAUGCCUGCCUGGAUUAUUUGUGCUACUGCUGCUGCUGCUGCUGCUGAUAAGAAAAGCAAACCAGCAAGGAGAGGAGGGCGCGCAUGUGAUGCAGCUCUACAGCUAGAGGUUGCAGCAGAGCGUGUGGUGUCUCACUCUCACACCGUGUGCUAGCUUACCAAUGAACAGUAGGCGGCAUGGUUAAGAUGGCUUCAACGGAGGAACAGGAUAGGAAAAUAGUGCUGGAAUUUUGCCACCUGCUCGAAAAGUCGAAGCAGCUGUUCAACGGGCUCCGCGAUCUGCCCCAGUAUGGGCACCGGCAGUGGCAGGCGUACUUUGGCCGCACGUUCGACGUCUACACCAAGCUGUGGAAGUUCCAGCAGCAGCAUAGACUAGUCCUAGAUUCUAAGUAUGGUUUAAAGCGAUGGCAAAUCGGAGAAAUAGCUAGCAAAAUUGGACAACUCUAUUAUCAUUAUUACCUUAGAACGAGCGAAACCAAUUAUCUCAAUGAGGCGUACUCGUUUUACGCGGCGAUCCGGGGGCGCGCUUACUACUCGCGAGCAAUCAAGGAGGACCGGCCGGAUCUGAUGGUGAAGAAGCUCCGUUACUACGCUAGAUUUAUUGUUGUUUGUUUACUGUUGAAGAAGAUGAAGCUGGUGCGGGAGUUAGUUAUCGAAUUGGAGCGACAAAUACAGGAAUACACCACCACCGUACCGCACGACCUUAGGUACGAGCCGGAGGACCAGCUAGAGUGGUCCCUGGUGCUGGAGGAGAUCAAGGGAUUCAUCAAGGCGGAAUCGGCCGUCGCGGUGCUGCACGCCGACACCAACCCGAUCGUACUGUCGCACAGUGGUUCUGGUUCCAGGUUAAGCCCGCUCACCACCCCGCCCUGCGAACGGACGCCCCACAUGACGCUCAGCCUGCAGGAGAUCCUGAUCGUCGGGUCGGCCUGCGAGCAGGCCAAGUUCUCCGAGCUAACGAUGGACAUGUUCCGGAUGCUGCAAACGCUGGAACGUGAACCGACGGACGCGAUGCACCCGAUGAUUGGCCAUCCGAUGGCGCACGGUGGGCCGCACGAUGCGAGCCCCGCCGCCAGCCGCAUGCCGUACGGUGUGCCGGGUUCGAAGGGGUACGUGGAGAACGGUGAUCGUCGUACGAUGCGUGAUAACCCACACAAGUACUUGCUGUACAAACCGUCGCUCAGCCAGCUGAUGGUGUUUCUGUCGAGCGGGUUCAAGGAGCUGCCACCGGGCGGUGCGCUGCUGCUGUACAUGUCCGCCGACGGGUGCUUCUCGACUACGAAGCAUCCGCAAGACUAUGGUUACGAACUGGGCGGUUUGGCGACGAGCGUCAAGCGUGACGCGGUGGACGGUGGCCUGUCGGUGCGGGGCAAAUCGAGCGCCGGCUACAAGGAACCGCACUGUCUGUAUCCGGGCGAUCUGUACCCUUACACGCGGCGGCCUCUCUUCAUCAUCAUUGAUUCGGACAAUUCAUUCGUGUUCCAGCACAUACCGAGGUAUUUCGGUCAACCGUUAGUUAUACUCAUGUCACCACAGGACAUUCCUGCCAACUACCAAGGUGAGUAUUUGCAGCAUCACGGUUCGCUGUUUACGCUGUUCCUGCACUCGCCCAUGACGGCGAUGUGCUACAUCUGCAACGUGGGCGACGUGCCGAUCCAUCACUGGGAGCGAUGCCAGAGCUAUGUGGACCGGUUCGUGACCGAAGCGUCCCGGCUGGUGACGCGCUGCCGGAUGGACGAGAUCGAGCAGGGCAUUGGAUAUAUAGACUCAUCGUACGUGCAAUUCUUCGGCGAUGACUUCCUGCGAACGCUCAUACUGCGGUUCGUGUUUUGUGACGUGGCGCUCCGCCUACACCGGGGCUUCCGCGGCCGGCACCAGCGGCCGCGCUGCGAACCCCCCCUGCCCGGGCCGGAGCUGCUCGAGCAUCCGUCGCUCGCCCACAUCGUGCUGCAGCUGGCGACCGCGCUCGACGUGAGGGGCCACUUUGUCGAGGGCCCGGAAGGCGAUUGAUGCACGUACGGUGCGAGCACCAGUGCGCGGUUCCGAACCGGCAGCGACGACGAUCCACGAUUCACUCCAACACUGCAACAGCAACCGCAUCCCGCUCUACUGUGGUGCGCCAGCAUCCACGUGCUUUCCGGUGCGUUCACUGCGUGCGCGCUGACGCUACUGGCGGGGUGCGCAAACGUUGCGCGUCUACAUUUGACGGUGGUGUUGGUGCGUGCUGCCCCCGUACCAUCACCACUGGUGGUUUACACUGCCAUUAUUUGCUGAGUGAAAUAGGGAGGGGAGGUAGGGGGGUGGAACAUACGUCGCUUCCAAAAAAGAAAAGAAAAAGAAACAGUAACAACAACAACCAACCAACAAACUAUUGUGUAGCCCAUUGCAGACGUGGGGCCCGGCUUGAGACAGCUCGAAAUUGGAAGAGAAACCAAGUAUUAAUGAGCGUGAGUGGCCAGCAGAGUAAGUGCGCACUCAAAAGGCUAGUUUAAAACACACACACACAUACACACAUACAUACAACAAAAAACAAAGGCUUGUUGCAUUCCACAACGUGUUCUUCUUGGGGGAACGGUGGGAAUAAUUUCGUUUACGUUCGCUAUAUACAUAUAUAUAUACACAUAUAUUAUCCCUUUAAAAAGAAAAAAAAAUGCUCCUCUUAAAACAAAAGAACACACACACACACUAAGCCAUUUCGGUUCAUAGGUCAAGGUAUAUACAUAUAUAUUUGUAGCUUUUUAUGCGACUUGUUACACUAUUUAUAUGCGACAUUCCUUCGGGCGCGACAUACGCGUACGCUUGCGGAAACGAAUACGCGAACCAAUCAGAAAGGCAAAGCGUGUAUGUGUGUUUGUAUGUGUAUGUGUUUGAGAGUGUGAAGCGAUGCGGAGGACACUUUGGUUGUUUAUUCAACAUCCCGCUGCGUUCCGCAGGCGCACUGAGGUCGUCUCCCACGUCCCACGUCCUGUGCAAAAGAAUCCCAUGACAUUAUGUGGCAAAGCCAUUGCUUUACGUUUGAAACAUGUGAAAAGCAAGCCAUGAAGCAGCAACACACACACACACACACACACACACAUAACACUACUAUCCUGUUACUAGGGCUGCGGUUGUUCUGAGUCGUGAGGAGUCGCGCUCUUUUCGUUGGUCACGUUUAAAGUGUGAUGCCACCAAGGCGUGAUUCCCGUUUUCCCGCUCUUCCCCAUUCCUUUACUUCAUCUCCUCUCCUUGCCCCCUCCUCCUCUUAUUCAAUGGUUCCAUGGAGACGCAUCAUCAUCAUCAUCAUCAUCAAGCUGUGUAUGGUGGGGUACGUGCGGUUCAAAACCUUCGCGAGAGAGUAUAGAUAUAUCAAAGUUUAUCUAUUUAUAUAUAAACAUAUUUAUAUUUAUAUAUAAAUACCAACAAAAAAAAAACAAAACAUAUACCUACAUUAACACAACAUCCGCUUGCGCAAUGAGAAACUAAAAUACUUAUAGAGAGAGAUAGAAAGAGCGAGGGGAGCAGGAAGAAGAGUUGGAAAAGAAUGAAUGAACAGCAGAGCUAGUGGUAAAGUUAGUGUAAAACAAACAAAGCGAAGCAGGUGGGUUUAAACACAGAAAACAGCGUGCGAUAAAGUCUCGGUACUUAUUGAAAGGGCAAAACAAAAAAGAAGAAAAAAAAAACUACGGCGCAAGAAACGGAAAACGUAUAUACAUAUAUGCUUAAGAAGAAAACAAAAACGUAUAAUAGGAAAAAUUUAAAUACGACACACCGUACAGAAGUGAAACAGAACAGAACAGAACAGUACAGUACAGUACAGGACAGAAGGACAAAGCAGCGCAACGCAAAGGUACACACACAUACACACAAUGCCUUUGCAAGGUUUUGUUUUCCUGUUAAGAUGUAACACGGUGAACUUUUUUUUUUGUUUUUGUUUAAUUUAUGUGUUUUAUACUACUUAUAAGCAUUAACCGUUUUACACCUUUUUUUAAUUAUUUGUUCUAAUGUUUGUUCGUUUUUUUUUACUAAAAACUAGUCACACUCUAGUCCCCUCGGUCAGCAAAUGUAUUAGCGAUCCAAAGACGCCUCAACGUGGCACAUUAGUUAUAAUACUCAUAGGAAACAAGCGAACAGCAACAAAAACUCCCGACACUCACACACCCACAGACACACACACACACACACACAAAGAUUAACACACUCUUCUUACUGUGAUGCCAACUGAUAACAUUGCGCACCGGGAGCACUGGCGCUGGUUGAUGGGUGGCGGUGGUGGUAGUAGUGUAGUGUAGGAGUGGAUACUUUUUUAGGUUUAACGUUUAAGCGACCCGAGCGACACGAGACACGAGACACGAGAAACGAAACGUGAAACAAACAAAAAAAGGACGGAUGGAUGAUAAUUGGUAAACCACGGACGAGGAAUAAAAAUAACAAACAAACAAACAAACAAACAAAAGAACACUGGCAACAUAAAGCUACUACAUUAAGAAGAUACCCAGCCGAUAUUUGGACAAUAUAUAAACGUGUGAUCACUGCCGCUAUUUCGCUUCAUUAGUAGGAAACAAACAAAGCAAAAACCAAAACAUACAAAGAGGAAGGAAAAAAAACAAAACUAAACGAAAAAAAACUCAAGAAAAAGGAAGGAAAAGGAAGAAGAUUGUGAAAGUAAGAGUUAAAAAAAAUACUCAAAACAAAAUGAUAAGAUAGCAAGAGGAAUGAAAAAAAAGAGAUUGGAAGAAAAGAAGUGAAAACCCAAACCAAAUGCAAAAACACACACACACAAACAGUUUUGGGGAUACUAUAAUGGUGAUUAGAUAAAACACUUAUACCAAACACACACACACACAAACACAUUUUCCAGGAGACCUUCCUAUGAUGGGAGAAGAAAAAGGGGAUUUUUGCUAUUCCUCUUUUUCUUUCUUUACUGUAGGCAAACACAGAAGAACAGCAGCAAGAGAGAAAGAAAACCAGCAAAAACAACAACAACAACAACAACCAAAACAUGUAAGGUUAUUUAGGGGUAUAUACACACAUAUAUAUACAACACACAUACAAAAUAAAUUAUAUACAUAUAGAUAUAUAUAUCAACAACAAGAAAAGGAGAAAAAACAGCGCCAUACAUUAGUGAAAGAAGAAAGAAAUCGGAACGCGAUCAUUAUCAAUCUCCCACGGCCGUUCGGCUUUUGGGUUGAUGAGACAAGGAAUGGAAAAAAACAGACAGAAACACAACAAACACACACACACACACAUAGAAAGGCAAGAAGCAAAGUAUGUAAAAGCCCGCUAGCAUAAAUGGUGUAGGUAGGGAAUUAUAAUAUAGUAUAGAUGAAUGAAUGACACAACAUAGCAAACAUAGAAAACAACCAAGAAAAGAAUGAAAGACGGAAAGAAAAAGAGUCAAAUAGAAAAAAAAGGAAAAGAAAAGAGAGGAAAAAGCAUAAAGAAAUACUAAGAGAGAGAUAGAGAGAGAGAGAGAGAGAGAAAAAGAGAGAAGUUGAACGAUAUAUAUAGUAGUAAUCGUGAUUGCUUGAUACGUUCCCCUUUUAUUUUACGCUAGGUUACAUGUACAACUAGCCAGAGCUUGCAUCAUAUAUAUAUAUACUGCAGUAAACAACAAAACGGUGUAUAGUGGAAAGGAACCCUCGAAAUUCGUAUUUACCCUUGUUUCGGUUUCCUCCUAUCAACAAUAACAACAACAACACACACACAUACACACACAAGUCAAAUAGCGACUAUAAACGUAUAGAGAACAAUGUAGUGCUGAGAAGGAAAGGAGUUGGUUUUAGAUGGUGCACACCCAACGGGCUGGCGCACAGUUUUGGAUCGACGUGAGGCCACAGAUAAAUUAUAGCCCCCCCCCCCCCCCCCCUCCAUAGGUCCUUUCCUCCCUCCGCUUAAUUGUGUUCUGUCGCAUCACCUGUCUAACGGAAAUCGAACCCAAUGUGAGAGCGUGUACGCGUCAAUACGCAAUAAUACAGAAAGUGUGGCGUUGGUAGAACGUAACAGUAACAGUAAUCACACAUGCAUGUUCCUCAAACAUCUCUUCGCCCACAUUCCCGUUAGCUAUGGAAUGGAUACUAAUUUUUUAACCGUAUUUAUUUUAUUUCCUUUUUAUUACUGUACACUCAGAAGGACUAAUAAAAAAGGGUUUUUUUUCGUUGUUCUAGUUAGUUCUACUUACUACCAGUAAGAUAUUAAUUAUUAACAACUUGGAAGAUAGCAAAGCACAGAUAGAGAAAGAGAAAGAUAGAGAGAAAGCAGGAAAAUGUCCCAUUUUUGCAGUAGGCUCUAACAAUCAAGCAAAAGAAAAACCCAGAACAAACAAACCAAACUGUAUACUGUAGUUGAAAAAGCAACACUAGAACACACAUACACAUCCAACAAUAACAACUCAUCCUUCAAGAUAGAAACAAAACCAAACCAAACAGCAAAAAAAAUCAUCAAAACAUUAGAUAAAUAUACCAGAGUAAGAAAAAUAUAUAUAAAAAAAACGCUUCUAGGUUAUUGUAUAUGCGCGAAAUGUUGAAUGUAAAAAAAAAACGCGAGGAAGAGUAUAUCAUAGAGAAGGACAAACAAAACACAUUGUACUGUAACGCAACAACACACACGCUCCUAUAAUUUCCGUUUGUGCUAGGCAAAUUAAACCCCAAAACACUCAGAACAGAUAUUAAAUACUUGGGUUCUCUGCUCCACAUCAUUCCACGCUUCGUUUCGUGUCCAUAAAUAGCCUAGUAACGCCUAGUAAGACUCUAGUGUCGUUAACUAAUAGUUCAUACUCAUCCAAGCUCACAGCACAGGCACACACACACAUACACAAAGGACGAAGGAAAUCGGAAGCAAAUCUGUUCAUCGUUGUUCGUUGUUUUGUUUCCGUUAGAUGGUAGUCCCUAGAACCUUGGCACAGGCGUGUCGUCUGUGUGCGCGCAUUGUUUCGCGCGUGAAUAAAAGGACCCCCCUGACCCCACCCCAAUACGGUUUUGGGGAGAAAAAAAAACUUAAUUAAGACAAGAAAUAGUCAUCUCUCAUUAGCGUGUAGUGACAGUGUAGUGAAAGAAUAACAAAAAACCCAAGUAAAGAGCAAACAAAAAACCAUAACGCAAAACUAAUACCAAAAAACCACGGAGUAAUAGGUGUGCGUGUGUGUGUGUGUGUGCGUGUGAUACCAAAGUGUUUAAAGAGAAUAUACAAAACUAGGCAAAUUGGAAUGGAAGGCAGACAAAUAUGCUAAGUGGUGGGAAUAGUAAAAAAAAAAAGCAGAGAGGAAAAAAUCUUUAUCAUAACGCAGCGAGACUCACUGAGAAAAUGGGGGAAGAUACCGCAAACCGCCCCAGCCGCUAUAAUGUAAUAAUUACCGAACAAACAAACAAAAAAAAACAGCAGAAGAAUAUAUACAUUUAGAGGGAUAAACUACAAACAUAAAAAAGAAAGAAGAAGCAAGCGUAAAAAACGAACGAACAAACAAAACAAAACCAACCAAAACAAAACACCACCACACUGUCUGUCAACCUUUAACCCGGCAACACUCCCGGAACACACAUGGAAAACAAAGCGAGCCCGUAAACACACACAUACUGAAAAUCAACAACAACAAAAAGAAACAUCAAUAUAUCACUGCCCUAAGUGUUUCACUUAACGUAAACUGAGUAAACUAUUUAAAAAAAGAGAAGAAAAAGAAGAAGAAAAGGAAAGCGUAAAAUAAGCUAAUAGCGUGACCGUUGAAACAGAGCACACACACCAACAAAACCACACCGAAGCGCGAAGUUUUUUGUGAGUUUUUGUGUGUAUGUGGCGUGCGCGCGUGUGUGUGUGUGUGGUGGAGCUUUCCAUUUGCUGAAAAGGUAGAAAAAAAUAAAAAUGGCCGCCGAGAAAUAGAUGUGCAGCAAUGAAGGAUGUUAAUUUAUCCAAUAAGAAAACUCACACCGACACACACACGCACACGCGCGCGUACAAAAAACCAUUACACGGAGAAGAAGAGCAUGCAAUAGAACGGUUGUGCGCGGUGCUUAGUUCGACACACCAUACGACCCUCCCCCUUCCCUUUCCCCUCGCGUCGUUACUAUGGCGAUGAUGGUGAUGGUAGCUUACUCUAUUGUCAAGAAGUCGAAUUAAAAGGAUCAAAGUAACACACAUACACAAAAUAGAGAGAAAUAGAGAGAACAAAGAGAGAGAGGGCGAGAAAGAGAGAGCGAGGCCCACAGCUAGUUUUGAGUUUUAGCUUGCUCUACAACAAUAUUAUAAUAUUUUUUACGUACUUUAGUGCUUUUUAUCAGUUCUUUUCCAUGCAACGCGUAAACCAAGUUGCGUGCGCAUUGUGAAAGAAAACCCGAACACAACAAACAAAAACAAAACACAAUCUCUUGAGUACUUUAUAGCGCAAGGGAAGGAGAGGACAGCUAAUGGCAAACCCACCUGAACACGGGAGGAUACGGUUUCAGCCAGCAGAAGAAAUAGAAGAAGAAGAAGAAAAACAAACCCCAACACAAUUCAGCUACACAAACGUGAAUUUUCACUCCGGGAAGAAUUCAUUCCCAUCCCCCCAUCCAUAGUUCCCAAACAUUCCAGAACAAAAGAGGAAAAGUUUAGAGGAAAAAGAUUCCUUUUUUCUAUUCCCAAUUCCCAGUAGUAGUGCCAGCGUGCGAGUAGUAGGUGCGCGAGGACAGAUACAGUGUCACAACAACACAAAAGAAGGGAAACCCAAAACCAACAAUCACAUAUUUAGAAUAGUGCAUAAUAUUUGUCUGAAGCGAACAACGGAACAAAACAAAAACCAACAAACAAAAUAGAACCGAAAGAGAAAAAAAAAACGGAAACAGUAAGAAUAGAAAGAAGCGAUUACAAAAACGAUCCCUGGAAGUAAAACACGCAAUCGAUAGCAGCCGAAAUACGUAACCGAGAAAUAGAGAAAAAAGGGAAACCCGGAAACCAGAAGGAACGAAAACGCGUGCACAUUGCGAAAGAAAAACACUGGAAUGCAAAAAAGAAGGGAAGAAAAAAAAACAAUUUGUCAAACCGCUCAACAUGGGAGGGUAAGGGGGUGGUGGUAGCAGGAAAGAAACCAAGGAAGCAGUAAGCAGCGAGCAAAUGGAAAACAAAAAACUCUAAUGGAAGAAAAUAAAAGGCGCCUGAAACGAAUCUAAAUGAUAGAAUCUCGUGAUUUGUGAUGGAAAUUUAGCAAAAAAAAAAAAAAAGAAAGAUCAAGUGGCAGAAUGAGAAAGAGCAUAAAAGAAGAAGAAAAAAAGAAAAGUCUUCUCAAAAUGGAAAACACAAGUUGAGAAAAAACAAAAUGCUGGUUGUAUGCGAACGUGUGUUGAAUUAUUUGUCCUUUUCUGUAUCGUUUCUCACUGAAAUUGCAUGUGAAUAGCAGAGUGUUGUUUUCUGCUCUUUCUAUCUGCGUGUUUCGUGGUUCAUUUUGCGUUUCAAUUUCUACUUCUCUAAUGCUUCUCCACAACAAUCAACCCCGGCGGCGGCUGCUGCGGCUAUCGGCAGACUCUGAAGUAAAACAAACAAACAAACAAACAGACCAUACGCGCGACAAAACUGACAUAGCUCAAUGUUGGAACUCAUGACAGAAGGGAAAGAAAAGUGAAGAAAAGUAGUCAAAAUACCGCGUGCACACACUUUCUUCCCCGCUCGAAAACGUAAAACAAAGUGGGAAGAGCGUGUACAAACUAAAAGCACGUACAGACAACACAUUUUACAUUUCAGAAACAAACAAACAAAACAAAACAAUGGAAAACAACUAUCGAACGAUACAAGAACAGUUUAGAAGCGAAAGCGAAAAGGCUAAAAACAUAACUGCCACCACGUUGGCAGAUGCAGAGGAAAAGAGAGAGAGAGAGAGGAAAAAGAAAGCAUGUAACAUGUAAACUAUAUAGUGAACAAAAUGCCAUAUAAAAAAGUUAGUAAAAUAGUAGCAAGUAAAACAGAAAACAGAAAAAGGAGAGCAGCACGCUGCAGAGAUUCUACACACUGCACCACACCCCUAGUCUGUCCUCCAUUUUGAAUGUUGUUCCGUUGUACUGUCCUCCCUGCUUAAUGGAAAGAUGUACAGCAUCAUGUGCUUAGUAAGCUGCGCUACUGCUGCUACUACUUGCUGCCGCUGCUUGUGUGUUCGGUCACGUUCGGUUUCGGGGUGUCUCCCUUUUCACCGAACUCUAUACAGGAAAAGGAGGGAAGGAAGGACGCGUUCUUUAGUGCGUGUGCCCUAACACUAGAACAGAAGAUAGGGGAGAUAUAAAAAAAAACUCACACUAAAAGAAAAACAGAAAAUUGUAAUCCUAGUAGAGAAAGUAACACAAUUAUGAGAGGAAGAAAUUAGCAAACCUGAACCUGAUUCAAACUGCAAACUAAACAAGAAAAGGACACGAAGUACAGGCAAAGCUAACAAACACACACACUCCACGCGGACGAGAUCUGAUGGGGGCGGCUCUAUCGGUGAUGAUGGUAGGUGAACCAGGUAGCGCAAAAACAAAGGGACACACAUACACACACCAUGUAUUCUUCUUUCCUUUUGUCCCUGUAUAUCCCGUUCAGGCGCGUUCGAUGCGUAGAGCUAAUAGUAAGGGAGCAGAAGCAGAAGAACUACUAAAUUGGCGAAUAUUUGAUAAGGGAAAGGGGGAGAAUGAAAAAAAUAAACAGAAAGUAGAGCGCCCGAACCCGAAACAUACACACUCACACAGAUUUUGGAACAUUCGUGCAUAGAGAGCGAGGGAGA